CUGCAGCUGAGAGGAGCUACGCAUGCGCCUCGUGCCCCUAAUGCGUAGGACCGUGUCCACUCCCCACCCGCCGCAGGGCGGGGUUUCGUGCUGUCCGAGGGGGUCCGGUGUGAACAUGGCUGCUCGCUGUACCGAGGCGAUGCUGGCCGCCCUGGGGGUGCUCAGUGUCUGUUCGGCCAGCAGCUCCGGGUCCGAGGCUUCCGGGGAGGCAGAGGGGGAGGAGCCGUGGGAUGGCGCGGUUUUCCGGCCGCCCGCCGCCCUAGGCGCCGUGGGGAUAGCGCGCGGGCCCGGGUCCCCGCCUCCAGGGAACGGAGAGGCGAUGGACCUACCAGUGUUGCUGUGGUGGAGCCCAGGUCUGUUUCCGCACUUCCCAGGUGACUCGGAGCGCAUACAGUGUGCGCACGGCGCGUGCGUGGCGUCCCGGGAUCGACGGGCGCGCGCUGACCCGCGGACGCGCGCGUUGCUCUUUUACGGCACGGACUUCCGCGCGGCUGAUGCGCCCCUGCCGCGCCUGGCGCACCAGAGCUGGGCGCUCCUGCACGAGGAGUCGCCGCUCAAUAACUUCCUACUGAGCCACGGCCCGGGCAUCCGUCUCUUCAAUCUCACCGCCACUUUCAGCCGCCACUCGGACUAUCCGCUGCCGCUGCAGUGGCUGCCCGGGGCCGCCUAUUUGCGCCGGCCCGCGCCUCCGCCCCGGGAGCGCGCCGAGUGGCGUCGCCGCGGAUACGCGCCGUUGCUCUAUUUGCAGUCCCAUUGCGAUGUGCCUUCCGACCGGGACCGAUACGUACGCGAGCUCAUGCGGUACAUCCCGGUGGAUUCCUAUGGCAAGUGCCUGCAGAACCGCGAGCCGCCCACCGUGCGAUUACAGGACACAGCCACGGCCACCACCGAGGAUCCAGAACUCAUGGCCUUUUUGUCCCGGUAUAAGUUUCACUUAGCUCUGGAAAAUGCCAUUUGCAAUGAUUACAUGACAGAAAAACUGUGGCGCCCCAUGCAUCUGGGUGCAGUGCCCGUGUAUCGUGGAUCACCCUCUGUGAGGGACUGGACGCCCAAUAAUCACUCUGUCAUCCUAAUUGAUGACUUUGAGUCCCCUCAAAAGUUGGCAGAGUUUAUUGACUUUUUGGACAAAAAUGAUGACGAGUAUAUGAAAUACCUGGCAUACAAGCAGCCUGGAGGCAUCACCAACCAGUUUCUUCUGGAUAACCUGGAGCAUAGGGAGUGGGGUGUCAACGAUCCCAUGUUGCCUAACUACCUCAAUGGCUUUGAGUGUUUCGUCUGUGACCAUGAACUGGCUCGGCUGAAUGCUGAGAAAGUACAUGCAUCCUCUCAUGGGGACAUUCCUGUCCCUGAGCCUCGCAUUGCCCAGUCGUCGCACAUGAACUGUCCAGUGCCUACCCCUGGCUUUGGGAAAGUCGAAGAGAUUCCCGAGAAUGACAGCUGGAAGGAAAUGUGGCUACAAGAUUAUUGGCAAGGUCUCUAUCAGGGGGAAGCUCUCACUGCCAUGAUCCACAACAAUGAGACACAGCAGAGGAAAUUUUGGGAUUAUGUACAUGAGAUCUUCAUGAAACGGAAUAAAAAUCUCUAACUGCCUUCAUGCAAGAGCUGUUAACUUGGAAGACUGCGUUACCGUGGUACCUGAGGCACAUCCACCUUUAGUGAAUACUCUCUAUGAAUUGAUGUUUUCACUGAUUCUCUUGCCCUGUAUUGGGGAUUGGAACCUUGGGUUCUGAUAAUACUAGGCAAGUACCCCUAGCUCCUCUCCACCUGAAUGGUAUGGAGCUAGUAUCUCAGCCUGUGAUAAGAUAGCUUUUCCUUAAAGAGAAGCAGAAGCCGGAAGCACCCAUUUGAUGACUCAAGUACACUUCUCAUGUCUGUAGUCAUUUCAUCAUUUUAAAUAUGGGCAGGAUGGUUCAGGCUAUAAUCUAUAAAACUUCCAUUAUUUAGUACCUUUAAAUAGUGUCCAUUCCUCAUCUUAUCAGCCGGUACACUGGUGCGGAGGCAAAGCCUUAUGUGUGGGUGUGUUGUUCUGUUUUUCUGCCUUUUCUCCCUUUUGAGAUAGGUCUCACUACAUGGUCCAAGCCAACAUCCAAAGCCUAGGCCUAAUUGACAAUACCUGCCUCAGCCUCUAAGUAGCUGGGGCUACAGGUAUACAGCACUAUGCCCAGCUCUUCAAGUCACUUUAAAAAAAUACUUGCACUGUCUUUAAUAUCAGAUGUCUUUUAAGUAGCUUGCUCUUUCUGGCUUUAGGCGAUUUCCCACAAACUGGAAAGACUUACAAACAUUUCCAUCAUUCUUACUGCUUGGUUUUCUUGUUUAGGUAUAUUUGGAAUUCUUUCUUUUACAAAUAGAUUGAGUAGCUAAUAUUGGCAUGAUGUCAGUGUAUUGCCUUGUUCUAGGGCUGGAAAGCGCCAUUCAGUCCACUACCCACAUUCUCUCAUGUUCUUCCAGAUAACGUUUAUGGUGCGGAGUCACUGGUUUUGAGGUUCUGGGAAGGCAAGCAUUCCAUAAAUUGAGUUAUAGCUUCAACUCUAAUACUGAGGGGUUUUGUGUGUAUAUGUGGGGUUUUUUUUUGUUUGUUUGUUUUUUAAUAAAGACAGCCCGAGGCCCCCAGUUCAAACAGAUUGAAGAAAGCAAGGGAUUUAAGUAACCCUUAAGUGUUUAGCGAAAUAAAAACUUUAGAUUUGAGGUUGGAGAGAUGGCUCCACUCUUAAGAGCACUGGCUACUCUUCUAGACGACUCAAGUUUGAUUCCUAGCACCCACAUAGAGCUGACAACUGUCUGUAACUUCAGAUCCAAGGGUACUACAUAUAUAUUCAAUCAAAACUCCCAUAUAAAUCCACAACAACCAAAACUGUAGGUUUGAAGACAUAGAUGAACUGCCUACUGCUUACCAGGAGCUUUUUCUGGGGCGAUCAGAAAGAAUGCCUUGGACCUUAGAACUAUGCUUAUUGUAUUGAUGAAUUAUCACUUGAGAAGUCUCUUGGUUUAUCAGUGCAUCUGAUUGCAAACGACAGAUAUCUCUGAAUCCAUGUCUAUACAGCUAGAUACAUACAUGCAUGUUAGAUGCUUUAAGCAACCAGGCUUCAUGGUUAAUACUGUGAUAUCUAAGGAUGUGACCAGGUUGGAAUUACAUUGCUAAAGUUUUGUUUUUCAUUGUGUGUGUUGCUGGAGAUGGAUCCUAAGGCUCUGUGCAUGCCUCUGAGUUAUGUCCCCAGAUCUUUAUUUUGUUCUUUAGUAAAAAAUGUCUUCAGUAGUAGCAUGGAAAUUGCUUAACCUAUUUUUGUUUGUUUGUUUGUUUGUUUUGGAUUUUUUUGGGGGGAGGGGCAGAGAACAAGGUGUUAAAAAAAAGGGGGCGGCAUGAGUGCUAGGCCAACUUGUGUUACAACAAGACUCUUAAAAAAAAAAGUUAAAAUUUUAUAGUAGAGGUGGGCAUGGUUGUGCAUGCUUUCAGUUUCAGUAUUCUAGCACUCUGGGAGGCAAAGACAGGUAGCAGGAGUAUUCCAGGCUAACCAGAGCUCUAUGUUGAGACCCCCAUCUCAAUAAAUAAAUAAACGUAAAUAUCAUAGUAUAAAGCAAGUCAGAGGUCUCUGAUUCCCAAUCAAGUCAUCAAUUUCAGUGCAGUGCUGGUUUCUACAGCAAAGUAAGUAUUAUAAAGGUACAAGCCUAAAUCAGGAAGCACCAGGAAGGGUAAGUGACAGUUAUGCAGGUGCAGGGUCCUGUCCGUUCCACCACCUCACUGGAACACUCACUUCUCUAGGACCUUUAUGCAAAGUGAGCGUGCUGUUCACGAAUGGUUGUUGCUGGAGAAUCAAGCCUGCUUUGUGCUCAGUGCUUCCCAGACUCCUUUAUCCCUCUCAUUAUAUAAAUAAUCAUAAAAGACCAGGGCAAAUCAGGUGCUCCAUUUCCACAAGGGAAAGAACUAUGAAUAGCCACGUAGUAUCAGUGAAAAAGCUUUAUUUUCAUAUAAAAACAGCAACAAGAAGCUUUUCAGGUUUGCAGCUCAGCUACAAGGCAUACAGCACCAUCACUUGCUUCAGGUUCUGGUACUCGUGGUAGAGGUCUGUAAUAGUCUUUUAUUUACUACCAGAGUAUGGAUAGAACACAAGUGUUACUGUGUUUAUUUUAUCAGCUCAGGUUUCAUUUUCUAUAAUAAACUGAUUUUUCCAGUGUC